ACGUAGAUCGUAAUAAUUCGCGUCGAACAAUCAAAGAGACAAGAUGCGCAAGACUCCAAGCUACGUGUGGCUGCUCGUGUUCUGCUACGGCCUCGGACCUGCACUCGCCGUUCCCGUAGCCCGGAAAACCGAGAAGAAACUCGUCGAGUCGGCCCACCUCCCGGACACAGCCUUACUGGAGGGCCUCGACGCCACCGACCACGCCCGGGCCAAAAAACAGGCCAGCACGACCGUUUGCAUGCACAUCCAUCAUCAUAACAACAACAGCAAUACCGAGUGCGCCAACUACAACGGCGUCAACUUGCCCGUACAGCCGAACAAGAACCAAGUGCCAUCGCACCCGAAGCCACAGGGGUAUUCCGGCUAUUCGGAGCAGCCCAUUUUUCCAAACCUCAUUUCGCACGGGCUGGUCAAUCCAUGGAUGCCCAUGGGCUACAGUGGCAUACCCAUGUAUCCGAAUCCCUGUCCGAUGCAUUUCGAGGGCCAGUGUAACUGCCCGACCAACCAGACCAAGUCCGGUGACGUCGAGUUGACGCCCAAGAUGUCCAAGGACUCGGCCCAAAUGAAGGACGCCGACAUGGACAGCCAGGAAACGCAAAAACUCGACGACGCUAGUGCGGAGGUCCACGAGUCGAGCUCCAGCCGGCAAAGUCGGCACUACGUGCAAGAAGAAGAAGAAGAUCCCGUCGACGCUGCACCCGAGACUAAGAGCGAGCAUCUCCAGGAGGCGGAAAAGGUGACCAAAAUGAUCAAGAGGAUGGUAGAUCGGGACGAGAGGAUCUUGAGGAGCCAGCGCAUGGUCGGCUCUUCUGUUCAGAGCAAGUGA